AUGGAAAUGCUUGACCCGGCCACAGGGCAGCCGUUGCCUACAGACUCCAUUCAACGCGUGCUGUUCAUCACCAACAAAGUGCAUGUCUAUAACAUCCCUCCUAUGGUUCCGGGAAAGGGCCAUGUUGCCGCAACAUGGACAGCCGACGACAACAAGCGCCAGAUCUUUACUGCGCGGCUGCGUGUAAUUGAAACCUCAAUUCCCCAAGUCGAUGGCAGUGAGAAGGUCAAGACCGACAUUGUCCUGGAAGAUAGCAGCAAUGGCCAGCUCUUCGCCGCCGCGCCAUAUGUCACAGAAGCUGUUGUGGAGCAAGUCUCCGACAGCUCACGCUUCUUUGCCCUGAGAGUUCAAGAUGAAGCUGGGCGAAAGGCAUCCCUGGGCAUUGGGUUCGAGGAGAGAACUGAGUCUUUUGAUUUUGGUGUCUCGCUGCAGGAGGCAAAGAAGAGUCUAGGCUGGGACCAAGGUACCUCAGGCGGUAAGAAACCUUCAAUGGAGAGAAAAACCAGCGAAGAGAAACGCGACUACAGCCUUAAGGAGGGCGAGACUAUCACAGUCAACCUUCCAGGAAGGUUCCAACGCCGAAGGCCUGAUCCUGAAUCGACCUCCAACGCGCCCCUGUCUUCGUUCGCCCUUGCACCUCCACCAUCGACCUCGUCAUCAAAAGGCAGUGGUAUUCUACCUCCUCCCCCAAGUGCUACAAGCACCAAGUCGCAACAACGAUUGGGACAUGCCAGUCGGCCUUCGGCGGCAGACUUGGGCUUCGAUGACGGCAAAUUUGGUGAAUUUGCUUGA